AUGAGGAUGACUUGAAUAGAAUUUUUGGUGAGUUUGGAGAAAUUACUAGCGUAGUGGUGAUGAGGGAUGCAGAUGGGAAAUCAAGGUGCUUUGGGUUUGUCAACUUUGAGAAUGUAGAGGAUGCUAUGAGGGCUGUUGAGGCUUUGAAUGGGAAGAAAAUUGAUGAUAAGGAGUGGUAUGUUGGUAAAGUCCAGAAAAAAUCUGAAAGGGAAGUUGAAUUGAAAGUCAAAUUUGAACAGAGUAUGAAAGAGGCAUCUGACAAAUAUCAAGGUGCAAACCUGUAUGUUAAAAAUUUAGAUGAUACUGUCAGUGAUGAAAAACUUAAGGAGCUAUUCUCCCAAUUCGGUACAAUUACCUCAUGCAAGGUUGGUCAUUGCAUCUGUUUUAUGAAGCCUUCACAUUCUGAUUUGUUAAGUAGAUUUCAUAACACUUUUUCUUCUUGAGAUGCAGAUUAAAGA